AUGGAUUCGAGGAGGAGGGCCUUGUUGCUGGCUGUGGGCGCGGUGGCGCUGGUGGCGUCGUGGGCGCCGGCGGGGGUGGUGGGCGACUUCGCGGCGGACCGUGCGGAGUGCUCGGACACGCUGGUGGGGCUGGCGACGUGCCUGACGUACGUGCAGGAGCAGGCGACGGCGACGGCGCCGACGCCCGACUGCUGCGCAGGGCUCAAGACGGUGCUGCAGAGCAGCCGCAAGUGCCUGUGCGUGCUGAUCAAGGACCGGGACAACCCCAACCUGGGGCUCAAGCUCAACGUCACCAAGGCGCUCGGCCUCCCCGCCGUCUGCAACGCCCCCGCCAACAUCUCCGACUGCCCCAUCUGCCGGAGCCCAAGGUGGGAGAAGGGAAGGCUCCAAACGCGCGGGCUUCCUUGCGGGUGCACGGCAACCGCCCACCCCGUGAUCGAUGCCGGUUCGGUGUGGUGUAUUAAGCGGCGCCUGAUCACUAAUCAUUCUGGCCACUUUGGGCUACCAGAGAACGACACUCUGACAGGGACAGGGCUGCUGAACCUGCCACCGGACUCCAAGGACGCGCAGGUGUUCGAGCAGUUCGCGAAGCAGGCGGCGGCGCAGGGCAGCGCACCCAGUGGCGGCGGCAGGGCGGCGCCCGCGACCGCGCAGAAGAACGGAGCGGCGGCGGGUCCCGCCAAGCGGUGGUUGGGAGUGGGAAGCAGGGUCGGUGAUGGCGGCGCACGCGCGGUGGCGCUCCCACUCUUCGCGCCGCUCGCCGUGCCUUUCCUGAUUCUGCUCGGAUAG